CGCGUUUGCACGAGCCGUCUGGUGAAGCAACAGCUACUUGGUUUACGGACGAAAAAAAGUUUCUGGGACGCGAAUUUUUUUUCUUCCUCUUCUGGAAGGAUUUACACAAACACGCACGGAUACUAUCGGUGGGUCGCUAUUGGCAUGCGAUCCUGUCGUCGGUGCCCCGUUGGAUUUGGGAAUAGGGAAUAGUUUUGGUCGCAUUCCUGACUGGAUUCGGCCCAUAUGAGCUCCCUGUUUAUAUGCGGAUCCUGAACUUCACUAUCAGCUCCUUCUCUCCCAGGUGAUCGGUGGGAAUUCCAGUGAGUGUCCGACUGUACAGCCUGCAGUUCAUGGUUGGGUGGAGCCCCUCAGAUGGGAUCCAUGUCCAGGGGGAGGCCGAGGAGGGGGGGAUGGGGAGACACGCCCACUGCUGACGGGAUGUCCGCCCGAGGGUGGCUUCUGGGUGCGCUCCUGCUUUUGACCCUGGCAACGGCGUCCGUGGCAAGGCCGUCGUCAAAGAUUGCUGAGAAGGUGGAGACUGCGAGUGAACGUGAAGAGCCUCCAACCAAAAACCAAAACUCUAAGCCCACCCUGUGCUCGGUGCACCCGGGUGAACUGCUCAAGCUCAACUGCCCGCUGCCCGAGGCGGCCGCCAUCGUCUGGACCAAAGACGGCUCCUCGCUGGGCCCUGACAACCGCACGCUCAUAGAUCAGGAGUGGCUACAGAUCCGCGAAGCCACCCCUAAGGACUCGGGCCUGUAUGCGUGCAGUGCCGCGGGCUCCCGGGCCAGCGACACGCUUUGUUUCAUCGUAAACGUUACAGAUGCCAUCUCAUCCGGUGACGAUGAGGACGACACGGAGCGAUCGGACGAUGUCGGGGUGGACGGCGAGCAAAUGCUGGCGCCGUAUUGGACUUCGCCGGAGAAGAUGGAGAAGAAGCUGCACGCCGUACCUGCUGCCAACACUGUGAAGUUUCGGUGCGCAGCGGCAGGAAAUCCCAAGCCUGAAAUGCGCUGGCAAAAAAAUGGAAAACCCUUCAAACAGGAGGAUCGCAUGGGCGGUUACAAGCUCCGACUCCAGCACUGGACUCUAAUCAUGGAGAGCGUCGUCCCCUCUGAUAAAGGAAACUACACCUGCCUGCUGGAGAACGCUUACGGAUCCAUCAAUCACACCUACACGCUGGAUGUAGUAGAACGCUCUCCUCACCGGCCCAUUCUUCAGGCAGGCCUUCCAGCCAACGUCACUGUGCAAGUCGGAGAGGACGCUAAGUUCGUCUGCAAAGUUUACAGUGACGCUCAACCUCACAUCCAGUGGCUGCAGCACAUUGUGAAGAACGGCAGCCGUUACGGUCCUGAUGGACUCCCUUAUGUCCGGGUGUUGAAGACGGCAGGUGUGAACACUACGGACAAAGAGAUUGAGGUGCUCUACCUGCCUAAUGUAACUUUCGAGGAUGCGGGCGAGUAUACGUGCUUGGCGGGUAACUCUAUUGGGAUCUCCUAUCACACUGCUUGGUUGACGGUGCUUCCAGCUGAGCCAGACGCCAUCGAGACAGACUAUCCUCCAGACUAUGUGGAGAUCGCCAUCUACUGCAUAGGCGUCUUUCUCAUCGCCUGUAUGGUGGUGAUCGUGGUGGUUUGUCGAAUGAGGACGUCGGCUAAGAAGCCUGAUUUCGGGAGUCAGCCGGCAGUGCACAAGCUGACCAAACAGAUCCCUCUGCGCCGCCAGGUAACAGUGUCGUCUGACUCCAGCUCCUCCAUGAGCUCUAGCACACCAUUGGUCAGGAUCACCACUCGCCGUAGCUCCGCCCACGAUGACCCUAUUCCAGAGUACGACCUCCCUGAGGACCCGCGCUGGGAGUUCUCCAGAGACAAGUUAACUUUGGGUAAACCGCUUGGCGAGGGCUGCUUUGGGCAGGUAGUGAUGGCUGAAGCUCUGGGCAUCGACAAGGACAAACCUAAAGAGGCCGUGACGGUGGCUGUCAAGAUGCUGAAAGAUGAUGCAACAGAGAAAGAUCUUUCUGACCUGGUGUCAGAGAUGGAGAUGAUGAAGAUGAUUGGCCGGCACAAGAACAUCAUCAAUCUGUUGGGAGCGUGCACACAGGACGGUCCGUUAUAUGUCAUAGUAGAGUAUGCAUCUAAGGGAAACCUUCGGGAGUAUUUGAGGGCUCGGCGGCCCCCGGGAAUGGAGUACUCAUACGAUAUAGCCCGAGUUUCAGAUGAGCCUCUCACCUUCAAAGAUUUGGUGUCCUGCACUUAUCAAGUAGCCCGUGGCAUGGAGUAUUUAGCCUCACAGAAGUGUAUACACAGGGAUCUGGCUGCCAGGAAUGUGUUGGUCACGGAAAGCAACGUUAUGAAGAUUGCAGACUUUGGCCUGGCCAGAGACGUCCACAACAUAGAUUACUAUAAAAAGACUACAAAUGGUCGUCUGCCGGUGAAAUGGAUGGCUCCAGAGGCGCUGUUCGACCGAGUCUAUACGCACCAGAGCGAUGUCUGGUCGUUCGGGGUUUUAAUGUGGGAGAUCUUCACGCUCGGCGGUUCUCCGUAUCCUGGAAUACCUGUCGAGGAGCUCUUUAAGCUACUAAAAGAGGGUCAUCGCAUGGACAAGCCUGCUAACUGCACCAACGAAUUGUGAGUGUUGAUGUUUUCUCAAAUGUUUC